UCGCCCGGGGCGGCGGAGAGGUGGUGGGGGUCGCGGUAGAGGCGCCUGGCACACGCGUCCCGCCUUCCCCUGAUCCCCCCUUCCCUGCGGCGGGUGGUGCGGCCCGCUCUCAGAGGGCGGGAGCGCCGGCCCCGCCCCGCUCAGUGACACAGGCUCCGUGUGGGGAGGCGCCGGCGGCGCGGGCAGCAUCGGGUGGGACUGACCGGGCGUCGUAGCGGCGGCGACUGCGAGCCGAGCCCGGAGCAUGGCAGGGGCUGGAGCCGCUGCAGAGGCUGCUGCUGGUGCUUUCCCUGCUUCGCCGCCUCCUCCCACCCGUCGGGAACUUUUCCUAGCGGCUGGUGGCGGUGCCUCCCCCCGGUUGUGGCAGCGGCGGCGGCGGUUGCUGCGUUCGGCGGUGCCGCCUGGGCCGGGGCUGGGGCUCCUGGGACUGGUUUUCUCUCGUUUCUGCUGCAGUGCCUUAGCUGGACCAGUUGUUGAUCCACAUGUGACAGCAGUUUGGGGGAAGAAGGUUGCACUGAAAUGCAUAAUUGAUGUGAACGAAACAAUCACACAAGUUUCUUGGGAGAAGAUAUAUGGUAAAAGUUCACAGACUAUUGCUGUUCAUCACCCUGAAUAUGGAAUAUCUGUUCAAGGAGAAUACCAAGGAAGAGUGGCAUUUAAAAACUACUCACUUACUGAUGCAACAAUCAUCUUAAAAAAUGUAAGCUUUUCUGAUGCAGGAGAAUAUGUUUGCAAGGCAGUUACAUUCCCACUUGGAAAUACACAGUCGUCAACAACUGUAACAGUAUUAGUUGAACCAGUUGUGAGCUUAAUGAAAGGACCAAACCCUCUAAUAGAUGGGUCAAAUAGGACAGUAGCAGCCACUUGUACAGCAGCCACUGGAAAACCUGCUGCGCAGAUUGUCUGGGAAGGAGGCCUUGGUGAAAUGGAAUCCACCUCUAUUUUGUUUCCAAAUGAAACAGUGACAGUUGUAAGCCACUAUGUGAUUGUCCCUACACGAUUUGCAAGAGGAAGACUCAUAACCUGCGUUGUGAGGCACCCCACCCUUGAAAAAGAGAUGAGAUACCCUUUCAUGCUGGACAUACAGUAUGCUCCAGUUUCAGUAACUGGCUAUGAUGGAAACUGGUUCAUUGGAAGAGCAAAUGUUCAGCUCAAAUGUAAUGCUGAUGCAAAUCCACUACCUAUGGAAUUUAUGUGGACCAGGUUGGAUGGACAAUGGCCUGAAGGACUAUUGGCUGUUAACAACACUUUGCAAUUCAGCAGCCCUUUGACUUACAACUACACUGGGACUUACAUUUGUAAGGUGACGAAUGCCCUUGGUCAGAAAAGUGAUCAGAAGACUAUCUACAUAUUAGAUGUGCCAUUUAAGCAGACAUCUUCUGUUGCUGUAGCAGGGGCUGUGAUUGGAGCAGUCCUUGCUCUUUUUAUCAUUACCAUCUUUGUGACAGUGCUGCUGACCCCAAGGAAGAAAAGGCCAGCCUAUCUUGACAAAGUGAUUGAUCUUCCACCCACUCACAAACCAGCCUCAUUUGAGGAGAGAACAAUGUCAGUGCCACAAAAAGAAGCUAUGCUUCAGAAAGAACAUUUUGCUUUGCAGAGCCAGUACAGAGAGAGAGAUGCUGGAAACUUGCAGCACAUGAAAGCUGUGAAUGAAAGGCAACUUACUUGUGGGGCUGAAGAGCCACAGGAGCAAGAGGGUCUUCAGCCUAUGUAUCCUGUUUAUGAGCAAACUUACUACAAAAAUUGGAGCAACAGAUACCCACAAAACUCAGGACCUGGAAGAGCCUACAUCAAUCCAAGGGAGCAUUAUGUAUGAUUUUGUACCCAGAUGUCUUCAACAAGGGUUUUAUUACCUGUUGACUCUAUGACUUUCACAUCUUUUUGGCUUUCAUCUCUAAAAUAAUUGGGGGUUUUUAAUGUGUGAAAAAAAUGUAUGGAGAAUUUUAUACAGGUAAACCAUAUGGAAUUAAAAACUUGCCUCUAGUAUUUGGUAUGUCUGUGAUUUUGUAGUAAUAUCAAUCUGCCAAAUAAGGAGAGACACUUAGCUUUAUUAACCUUCAGAGUCAUAAUAUGUAUAACCUGUAUAAUUGGUUGGCACAUGCCAAAAUGUAGUUAAGCUUUUUUUGCUGGUUAAGUCUGGGAGCAUUCUCUCUGGAUAUUUUACAAUAACCUUACGCUUAUAAAAGUGAAUAAAUAUGAGCAAGACAACUGAAUGCCUUGUGAUGUUAGCAGUCUCAGGCUGAGCUAUCUUAGACAACUUGGGAUAUGAUUUUGACUGGCCUUAGCUAUUGAUUUCUCAACCAGCUCUACCUCUCUCAGUCAAAUGAAAAACUAGACUACCUCUCAAAUACUGACUGGCUGGUCCAUAAACUACACUGUUUGUCUUCCCACCUUGUUAAAAGUGAAGCAAUUACCUAACAUCAAAAACUCUUUAUUGUCUAUUGAUUCUGCCUGUUGCUGGCUUUGGUUUUACUGUUAGGUCUACAUGAAACUUAGCUGAAGGUAGAUGACUAGGCAGAAAGAACUUUCUUUAAGUGUCUUCUGUGAAUCUACAUCUUACCGUUAAACUGCUAUUUAGCUGUUUUCCCAAGUAUGAUUCCUAUUUUAGAUGCUGCAGAGUUUAUUUUCCUUGAUAAUAGAUACAUUCCUUGUUUUUUUUCUCAGUUUCCAACAGAACUGCCUGUGAUGUGUUCUUAUGUCUUAGCAAGAAAAUAAAAGCUUCAAUACACUUCAAAUGCUUGUUAGCACUGUCCUUUAAUCUUAACCAGUAGUGUGAAUUAACUGGAGAACAUCCUGACAUUACCAGUGCUAACAGUAUCCCACAUGAGUCUUUUGUGUUUGUGGUAAUGCUUAAAAAAUGUGCUCAGGAUCUUUCUAGAAAAGUAAGUUUUCCUGUGAACUAGAAAUUAAAUAUUUAGCAAGUAAAAAUAUGUACAUAAUGUGUUAGUGCUAAAAUAAGCUCAUAAGACAAUCUUAAAAUAUUUUAAGGCAGUAGAAAAACGUGAUGUGUCUAAAAUUUGCCAGAGAAAUUUAACAGUCUUGAGUAUUCUUAAGUACAUUAAGGACAUAAGUACAGAAUUAUGGUUUUCAGUCAGAUGACAUGAAGGACAAAAUGUUAAGAAUGCCUGGUGUCAUGCUGAACUACCCAUUGUACAGAAUUGAACAUUACUUCUGGGAUAUUAAUGUGUUUCUCUGCAGAUGUGUGGGGUUUUUUACAGGCAAGAGUCAAGCUGUAGAAGCAGCAGAAUUCAAAGCUAGCAUAGGUGAGUGUGCUGCAGGCACCUGUAUUCAACCUGCAUUCAUCUCCAUCACAGUACAAGUUCAUGAGAUCCCUGUCCACAGUAGGGUGAGGUAAAUUAAAUGCUUCUAGUUUGUUACAGUUAGCAGCUAGAAGAUUAUGGUGUGGGUACCUGUAUUCUGGACCCGG